AUGGGCAGACUCGACAACGACAACUGGCUGUACCCAGGUGACAGCCUCACCAGCGACAGCGGCAGCAACGAAUUCAGAAUGCAAGAAGACGGCAAGAUCGCCAUCUACUGGGAAGGCGAAUUUGUGUGGCAGAACACAGAAGACCAGCGUGACGACAUCAAGGGCAUCCAUCUUCAAGAUGAUGGCAACUUUGUCUUGUAUACCCAUGACGACGAGGCAGUUUGGGCUUCCGAUACCUCCGGUCAGGGCGAUGAGGUCUAUCUCGUUGUGCAGGAUGAUGGAAAUGUUGUCUUGUACAAGGGUGAGGAUGAUGAGGCUGAGGCCGUUUGGGCGACCAGCACCAACCAGAUUUAG